AUGCCAAUCGAGAACCCCGCUCUGCCGCCAGACUCCAUAGUCCUGAUCACCGGCGUCAACGGGCUCGUCGGCUCGCACGUAGCAGACCAAGUCUUGCUGCACGGUUACCGAGUGCGAGGGGUAGUGCGAAACCUCAAAAAGCAUGAAUGGAUGAUUGCGUUCUUCGCGUCACGCUACGGUGCCGACAGAUUCUCACUGACCGAGAUCGCGGACCUCACGAAAGCUGGCGCAUUCGUCGACGCCGUCAAAGGCGUCGCGGGCGUCAUGCACGUAGCCUCGCCCGUCGACAUCAACCCGGACCCGGACGUCGUGAUCCCGAUCGUGGUGGACAGUACGUUGAACGCGCUCACCGCCGCGAGUGACGAGGCCGGCACGGUCAAGCGAUUUGUGCUCACAUCGUCCGGCUCGGCCGUUGUAUUCCCGAAGCCGAAUCACCGCGUGAACGUCACGGCCGAGACCUGGAAUGAGGAGAGUGUUCGAAUUGUGCAGGACUUUCCGGCUGAUAUGUCGGUCAUUCAGAGGGGCUUUGUGGUUUACAUGGCUAGUAAAGUCAAGGGCGAGCAGGCAUUGUGGAACUGGGUCAAGGAAAACCCGAAUUCGAGUUUGGCUGUGAAUGCUGUCCUCCCCGGCGGAGCGUUCGGCCCAGUCCUCAGCCCCGAGCAUCAAGGCUACCCGUCGACGACAGGACUCGUGGCCGCUCUAUUCACCAACAACACCGAAAUCGUCGACCUCAUCAUACGCGACUAUGCUCCCGAAUAUUUCGUCGACAUCCAAGACGUCGCCCGCCUCCACGUUGCGGCCCUACUCCACCCGGACGUCAAAGGCGAGCGUAUCUUCGCGUACAACACGCCGUUCAAUUGGAACACGGUACUGGGUGCGUUUCGGAAACUCUACCCCGAACGGACGUUUCGGGACGAUGAGCCCGGUCUCUGGGAUGAUCUGUCGAUCGUGGAACCGGCGAAGCGCGCGGAAGCGUUGUUGCGGGAGAUGGGCAGGGAGGGGUUCACCGGCCUCGAGGAGAGUCUGAGAAGGAAUGUCCAGGAGAUUGUCGACGCCGACGGCUCGGGGCCUUGA